UUUACGUAUGUAUGCAUAUACAUUUACAUAUAUAUGUAAAUACCUCAUGUAUCUCGCCGCCCCGUAACAAGUGGGUCGAGAUUUGAGUUUGCCCGAACAGUGGCGGCGGAACCCAUGAAAUACCAAUCUCUAUAAGCGUAGCUUCUUCAGUCAUCCAUGGGCGGAACCAGGGGGACAGGGAGACAUUGCCCCCCAGAAAUUUAGCAAAAUCGUAUCUUUCCCAUGUUAAUAAGUCCCACCUUCUCCUAUCCCACAAUGCUAAUGUCCCCCCAACUUCCGCCCCCACUGGCCCCGAAUCUCGGUCAAACCUCAAACAGCGCGAAACUAUGUGUGUACGAAUGCCAGGAUUAAUCACAGCUCGCAACAGCAACGCAAAUAAGAGAAACUCGAAACUAUUAAGUCUAAAAUUAAAAAUUAAAAAACAUUUGACUGUCACAUUUUUACUUUUUCGCCUUCGGAUUAGGACACGUGAGUGCGCGACGUUUUUGCUGUUGAGCUAUUUAGACACUUUCUUCGUGUCCAGUCAGUCAUCUGGUCCGUGUGAGUUAACGGAGAAACUUUUUAAUUAUCGUGUCUGAAAUUUACCAGAAAUUAGAAUUUUUUUAAGUUAAUAAUCAUAUCCCGGAACUGUUUCAUGAUUUUUUUAUCACGUAGGUGACUUUAUGUUUUAAACUACAAGCGAUUACCAUGACGGCUUCAAUUAUUAUGAAACUCGAGUUGAGCAACCAACUCAAACUGUUGCACAAUCAUCUCAUCGAGACGAGCCAACUUAUUGAAGAUUUCCUGGAAACUGAAAAUGGAGUUGAUUUAGAUAGCAGCGAGGGUUUAAACUUAAAAGAAGCCUUACCCAAAUUUGUGGGUCAAAUGUCCUCCUUCGCCUCGAACGUGAUAAGUCUGCAGGUCAAAUUGAACCCGUACCAAGAAGGUGACGGGGAUCCAAAGGGUUAUCAUGACGACGUUAUCGAGAGUGAUAAAAAGCCGCAGCAGGGCACCCUUAUCGAGGCGAUAAGAACAAACGGUUACAAAUUUCCAGCCGGAUAUAAAGUAAAAACGGAAGAGCUCGAAAUGGAGGCAGUGGUGGCAUCGGAGGAGGAGGACGAAGAAGACGAAGACCUCCUCCCGAAUGAAAUGGAGGAAGUCGAAGAGGGAUACGACGAUGAAUAUUCAGAUGAAAUAGGAACGUCGCCCCCAGAAUAUGAAUAUGACAUGCAUCCUGUCCAAGAGGAAGAACCUCCGAAUUCUAUUGGACGAAGAAAGCAAAUUCUUCAAAUCAGAAACAUUGACGAAACUCCUAUCGUUGAGAAACCUAAACCUGUCAAGAAUAACAUACCGCCCAUGUGGAACGGCAAACCUGUGUCGUUAUCGACCCUGCGCGUAAUGCGCUUUCGGAGCCGGAUGACUGAAGAACAGAAAGCCGAGCAGAGAAGGAAGGAUCGCGAAAGAGUGACGAGAAAGCGGGCCGCCCUCCGCGCGGCCAGUGCCCUCCAACAGGACGACACCAAUGGGAACAGUAACUCUUCGGAGAGUUAUGAAAGUCUCCGCAUGAAUAAAAAGAAAGAGGAUUCGCCAUAAUGGAACUGAUACGAAAUUGUAUUUUAUCUUAUAAUUAUUAUAUUAUUAUCAUAUUAUUAUCAUAAUAUUGUGCUGAAACUAUAAAGAUAAAGAUAAAGAUAUUCACGAUGCAUUUUUUAAAUUGGAAGAUUUUUUAAUAUUCAGAUAGGGACCCUAAUGUACGGCGCUAGUCGUUUAGCUUUUUCGAAAUAAACAUAUGUAAAAUGAUUUCAUGCAAUGAACAAUAAUAAAAUACAAACUUUUUUAAAAGCAUGUCCUUCAUUGGUACGAAUUUUAUUCAAACUGAAAUAAAAACGAUUUAUGUUUUAUUUACGUGUCUGAAAUG